AUGGAGGCCACAGACAUUGCCGACGCCCCCCUAGCCCGGGUAGAGCAACCGAAUGCCAAUGGCGCCCUUGCUGUUACGGGGGCCCGAACCGAGUUCCAGUCCAAGACGGAAUUAGCCAAGGCGCGCCGCACCAAGCACGCGCUGAGGGACUACGGCCGCGGCAGGAGGAUCGAUGUCAAGGGCGUCAAGGACAAGAAGCUGCGCCGCAACCUCACCAAUCUUGAGACAAAAUUCAAGACGGCUGCCCUCAAGGCCAAGGAGGCCGAGAUCCUGCUCGAGAACACGGGCGGCUUCAUCGAGGCCGAGACGGAGCUCGAGCGCACCUACAGGGUCCGCCAACAUGACAUCCAGUCCGAGGUCGCAAUCGAGGCGGCGCGGGGCAAGUUCGAGCUGAAGCUGCCAGCCCUGGGCCCCUAUGUGUGCGAAUAUAGCAGGAACGGGCGGGACUUGCUCGUGGCGGGGAGGAAAGGCCAUAUUGCGACCAUGGACUGGCGCGAGGGGAAACUCGGCUGCGAGCUGCAGCUGGGCGAGACAAUAAGGGAUGCCCGCUGGCUACACAACAACAACUAUUUCGUCGUGGCUCAAAAGAAAUACGUUUACAUAUACGACUCCAAUGGUGUCGAGCUCCACUGUCUAAAGAAGCAUGUCGAAGUCUCACACAUGGAGUUUCUCCCCUACCAUUUUCUCUUGGCAACGCUGGGAAUCAAUGGCCAGCUCAAGUACCAAGACACAUCCACAGGCCAGCUCGUGACCGAGAUCGCCACGAAACUCGGCACCCCUACCUCACUCGCCCAGAACCCCUACAACGCCGUGCUACAUGUCGGCCAUCAGAACGGCACCGUCACACUAUGGUCGCCGAACUCGUCAGAACCGCUGGUCAAGCUACUCGCACACCGCGGCCCCGUGCGGUCGCUCGCCAUAGAUCGCGAGGGCCGGUACAUGGUGUCGGCGGGCCAGGACAACAAGAUGGCGGUUUGGGACAUCCGCAUGCUCAAGGAGGUCAACAACUACUUCACCAGAUCCCCCGCGUCGUCGGUGGCAAUAUCAGACACGGGCCUGACGGCCGUCGGCUGGGGCACGAGAACGACGGUGUGGAAGGGCCUGUUCUCCAAGGACAGGGCCACCCAGGAGAAGGUGCAGAGCCCGUACAUGGCGUGGGGAGGCGACGGGCAAGCCAUAGAGCGCGUGCGGUGGUGUCCGUUUGAGGAUCUCCUCGGCCUGGGCCACAGCGAGGGCUUCUCGUCCAUCAUCAUCCCAGGCGCGGGCGAGGCCAACUUCGACGCGCUCGAAGUCAACCCCUACGAGACCAAGAAGCAGCGGCAGGAGGGUGAGGUUAAAGCGCUGCUGAACAAGCUGAAGCCCGAAAUGAUUGCGCUGGACCCCAACUUCAUCGGCAACCUCGACCUGCGGUCCGAGAAGCAGCGGCAGGCCGACAAGGACCUCGACACGCCCGUGGCGGGCAUCGCCGAGGAGCUCCGGCACCGCGCCAGGGGCAAGAGCGGCGCGCUGAAGAAGUACCUGCGCAAGCAGCGGAAGAAGAACAUUAUAGACGAGACGCGGCUCAAGGCCGAGGAGAUGAUGAAGGCCCUGCAGGACAAGAACAGCGAGAAGCACGAGGAGAAGAAGGCGGAGCUGGGUCCGGCGCUGGCACGGUUUGCCAGGAAGGAUUAG